AUUAAACAAGGAAAUCCCGUAAUAGUGAAGUGGAAACACUCACCCCAUGAUUCAAAGCGGCCCGCUUCGUUCCAAUUCUUUCUUUUUAUGUUUUGGAAGUAAGGGUCUGGGUAUGUAGUUCAAAAUCCCUUUAUUAUUUUGUCAUCCUGUGCCCUUUUCCUUUCUUUUUAUUUUUAAUGGAAGCUACAUAUAAUAAACCGUGUUGUCCCUAUUUCAUUUUUUUAAUCCGUGCAGAAAAUUCGUCUAUUAUUUGAUUUUAUGUGGCACUUGUUCUUUCAGUCCUCAAAUCAGGCUUAGUUUAAAUUAAAUCAUUCUUUAUUAAAUAGAAGUAAUUCCAAUUCAUUAACUCUGCUUUGCUUUGGAUUUUGACCUAAAUUUUUAGUUGAACAUCAAAAAUUUAUGUUAAAAUCUAGACAUUCGGGUAUAUAUUAAAUUUAAACUGCUCACCAGAGAAAAUUAGAAAAAUAGGUACAAGACACAGUCUGAUACCCAUGUGUCAAAUUCAAUUAUUUUAAAUGCAACAUGUGGUUUUGCUACGGCGAUUGAUUCACGCUGUAUACAAUGUUGCACCAAUACACCCUUCUAGAAAGUAUGUCACUUUGGCUACAGAGCCUCGUUUUCAUUGUAUACGACAUUAGUUAUAAAGUAUAACGUUUCAAUCGCAAAAACGAGGCUCUAUGACCAAGAUGACCUACCUUACGGAAGUGUGUAUUCACACAGAACUACAACAUAUGUCAAAAUUAAUUAUGUAUAAUUUGAAAAUCUUGUCAUAUUUUAGGGUGUUUGUCAAAAUAAUCCAGCACCAUGGCUCCAAAACACAAUAACAUGAUUCAUAACAACCACUUUCACAAAGAUUGGCAAAGAUAUGUCAAGACGUGGUUUAAUCAGCCGGGAAGAAAGAAGAGACGUCGUGAAGCAAGAGUUAAGAAGGCCUUGAGGGUUGCACCGAGGCCCUUUGCUGGUGCCAUCAGACCCGUUGUUCGAUGUCCCACAUUUAGAUACAACACAAAAGUCAGGGCUGGCCGAGGUUUUACCCUUGAGGAACUCAAGGUAGUUCAUCAAGAAAGAUGUUUCCCAAAAUACUAUGUGCAAUAUCAUUUGUUUUACAAGUUCAGUUCUGCAACCAAAACAAAAUUUUUUUCUGUCUUUCAGAAUGCUGGAAUCUCGCGUAAAGUUGCACCCACUAUAGGGAUUGCUGUCGAUCAUCGUCGUAAGAACAGAUCUCAGGAGUCGCUGCAAGCAAAUGUGCAACGACUUAAAGAGUAUAAGAGCAAGUUGAUCAUUUUCCCAAGGAAAGCCAGCAAACCCAAACAAGGAGAUAGCGAGGUAUGAAAACAAGGAAAUAUGUUAGCUCCUUCAGCAUGCCUUCUUAGGAUUCACCAUCUUCAUAAGGAUUCUUCUCAGGAUUCACCAUCUUCCUAAGUGGGUCAAACACAAUAGACCAAACAAUAUCAUGACCCUACGGACAAGUAUCCACACUGGGAUGAGGCAUUGUUUGUACCAUUGUAUUUGCCCCAUUUUGCAAGAUGCCAUUGCAAAAGGAUGGCAGCUCCCUCCCAACAUAAUGAGCCGUUACAAAAUUUUGGCCCCAACUCCCGUCACAAAAAUUUUGUAAGUUUACUCAUGGAAAAUUUUUGAUUGGUUGGGUGGUACAUCCCCCUCCCCAAUUUUCUCUCUCCCGCACGCCUAUGUAUCCUAACAUAUAAAAAUCAAACAAAGUCUAACAAAAAUAUUCUUUCUUUUUAGGCUUCAGAACUUGAAAUGGUGAAACAGCUCCAAGGUGAUGUAUUGCCAAUCCAGAGAAUGACCAUGCCGAUCAAGGCACGACAGAUCACGGACGAAGAGCGAAACGUCAGCGUGUUUACGACCAUGCGUAUGGCACGUGCUAACAAACGUCUGCUGGGAAUCCGGGCGAAGAGAGCAAAGGAUAAGGCUGAAGAAGCAGCGUUGAAAAAGAAGUAAAAUAACGUUGAAAAAUUAAUAAAUCUUUGGAAAUGAAAAUUGUGUGCGUCUGAUUUUAUUCUGGGAGCACUUUACAGGCCUGCAAAUCAUUAUCUUGC